AUGGGGAGAGGGGGAAGAGGGGUGGAGGGGAAGGGGGGGGGAGGGGUGGGUUGUGGUGCGCAGCCCACGGAUCGAAGUAUUCGCGUAUUCGCCUCGCGCCUCUUCUCCGCCCGCACCUCCCCCACCUCCUGUUCCUCUCACAUGCGCCCAGCACCGGCGCGAGGCGCGGCGGCAGCUGUCAUCGUGCUGCCCGUCUCCCUCCCGCACAUCCCCCCCCACCCUUCCCCCUCAACCGCCUUCCGCAUGCGCCCAGCACCCGCGCGAGACAUGCGCCAAGUACCUGCGGGAGGCGCCGUGACUACCUGCGCCAAGUACCUGCGGGAGACGUGCGCCAAGUACCUGCGGGAGACAUGUGCCAAGAACCUGCGGGAGACAUGCGCCAAGUACCUGCGGGAGGUGCGGCGGCUGCGGCUGCGGCGGCCGUUUCAAGUGGCGGAGUAUGGCAUGGCGCUCAUUAACAGCGCAGACGAGAGAAGCAAGCUGGGAGACGAAGUGUGGGAUGUGAUGGAGCAGGUGGCGAUCGCAGCCAUGGACUGCCAGCAGCUGGGCAUCGCCAAGGAGUGCAUAGGAGCCCUCAUGAUCGCAUUCCCCAAUAGCACUCGCGUGGGGCGGUUGGAGGGCAUGUGGCUGGAGGCGAAGGGGUGGUGGGAUCAGGCGGACAAGGUGUACAGUGACCUGCUGGAGAGCAACCCGCAGGACCAGCAAGUGUUGAAGCGUCAAGUUGCUGUGCUGAAAGGCAAGGGCAACACGGUGGGGGCCAUCAGCGCUCUCAAGAAGUAUCUCGAAACUUACAUGGCGGAUUAUGAGGCAUGGAAGGAGCUAGGGGACCUCUAUAUCUCGCUGCACAUGUUCAAGCAAGCAGCGUUCUGCUACGAGGAGCUGCUGCUGUCAGCCCCUGUCAACCCCAUCUACCAUGUCACUUAUGCUGAGAUUCUCUAUUCGAUAGGCGGAGCAGAGAACUAUCGGCAGGCCAUAUCACACUAUGCUGCUGCCACUGAGUACAGUGGAGGGACCAACCUGAGAGCGCUCUAUGGCACUUGCAUGGCAUCAGCAGCGCUGCGCUCAGCAGGCAAGCCAUCAAGGGGGGCAGCAGCGGUGGAGGGCGAACCAGAAGGACUGGUGGAGGCAACAGCAGAGGCGAUCAAACAGGAGUACCGCUUCAAACGCCCUGAGCUGCUCAAACCUGUAGUGGAGCCCACACUAGCGAAGCUUGUACUAUGA